UUUUUCCCGCUGAGUCAUAAUUCGUCUUGUCUUACUAUACACUAGUUAGAGUGAAAUAAUGUGUUUUAUUUCAUGUAAGGAACAUUGGAACAAUAUACUAAGACGAGAAGAAUUUUAACUUAAGUUUUGUUAAAUGUUGAGGGAAAAAGUCAGACUUCACUCCAACACUGCAGUUAGAAUUGACCUGAUGCUGUUUUACAGUGUGUGCUGUCUUAACCUACUCUUUGUUCACCUGCAAGGUCACCUGGGAGUUUCCUGGCAGGAAGGCUCCAGGGCUACAGAAGAGGAAGCAGCGUAACUCACUCCCGUUGGCGUCAAGGCCAGUGAUGAAUCAGCUCCCACUGCACCUGACGUACAUGGAAAAUCAAAACGUCUUCAACUGCAGAUCAGUAAAAAACUAAAAAAAAAAAUCUUGUGUGGCAGGAGGAGGCUGCGGCCCUGCUGUGAGGACCAUUUGGACCCUACAAACAGCAGAUGGUCCUCGGACACCAGCCGUGAGUCUGUUUGAUCACAGAGCUGGAGGAACUGCGUCCAAACAACACAACAAAACAGCAUUUAGAUUGACGCAGAGUCCCUUAAACAACGUGAAACCUACAUAUGUUGUGUUCUGUCACCAUGACAACAGAUGACAUGCAGCGCAGUUCGCCACAGGAAGCUCACUUUUUUAUGAAGGACAAGUAAUUUAUUUCAGUUCAGCUAAACGUUUUAAAUUUGCAUGCGAGCUUCAGAUUGGCUAACAAGAACUAGCAGGUCCUGCUUAGCAAUACCUACAACUAUAGGGAAAGUGCAGAAGUAUUCAGUUCAACUUGUGCAAACAUGCCACAGUCCACUUUGCCUUCAGCUUCUGACUCAAAGGUUCCUGAAGGCAGCAAAAAGACCAGAACGAUCAUCUCUGAGGAUCCAUGCUGGACCCUGUCUCUGCUGCCUCGUCUCUCAGACCUCUGCCUGCAAAGUAUCGCAAACAACUUUGAAGAACACCCUCUCUUUGAACAACUUUCAUCCAGCCAAAGAGACUUCCUCCAGCAGAGGCUCUCACCUUCUCUGCCCCUGCACGUGACAGCAAACCUGAUCGGCGACGGCGUCUACUGGAAGCGCCGCUGCCAGCAGCUGUGGGGUCUCUGUGACGUGUCACAUUACGGACACAGCUGGAAACGGAUGUUCUUUGAGCGGAGUUUGGAGAACAUGAUCGAACUUUUCAUUCCUGAUGUAUCGGACCCAGGGAACCUUCUAGACAUGGUCCAUCACUGUAGGGACUUUGUCAAGAGGCUGCGGGUUUCCCAGCUGUUGACGCCCGUCAUGGAUCCACAGAGGGUGGAGGAGGAGGAGGUAGCGAGUGACAAUGAGUAUGAGGGACCCUCCAUGGACCACUUUGACUUCAGCAUUCUGCUGCAGAAGCUGAGCCGCCUGGAGGAGCUGCACGUGGUCUACAGAGUCAAGGAGUGUGGGAUGAACUUUGAGUGGAAGAUGUUUGAGAUGACGGAUCGAGACUGUGAAUCACUGGCCACGGCCCUCGAGUCCUGUAAAACCUUGAAGGUUCUCAGACUCCAUCAGAGCCACGUUGAUGAUAAAAAGUGUCGACUGCUGGUGAAGCAUCUCCUGGACCACCCGUCACUGAGGCAGCUGGACUUUUCUCACAACCUCAUCAGUGACAAAGGAGCCAGAGCUGUCGCCAAACUGCUCAGCAGGAGCAGCCUGCAGGAGCUGGACAUGUGCGACAACCACAUCAGAGACCACGGGGCCAAAGCCAUCGCUCACGCCUUGUCCAACAACUCCACUCUCUUGUCUCUGAAUCUGCGUCUCAACCGUGUCAGAGACGAGGGAGGCCAGGCGUUGGGUGAGGCCCUGCUGAGAAACUGCACCCUUCGUCACCUCCACCUCGGAGGGAACGAGGUGGGCAGACGCACCGCUGCUGCUCUGUCAGAGGCGCUGAGGCAAAAUAACGUUCUGAGGAGCAUCAACCUCUCCUGCAACAGCCUGGGUGAGGAUGGAGGCAGAGCUCUGCAGGAGGCCAUGUGUCACAACACCAGCCUGACUGAGUGUGAUCUUCGUCUGACGCAGGUGGACGAGGACAUCGUUUCCUCCAUCACUCAGUUGGUUUGGGCCAAUCAGAGUUCGGAACCGAGGCAGGAUCAGGAAAAGUCAGGAGCGCGACGGGAAGUAGACGAGAUGAGAGACGAGGCUCAGGAGUUCACAGGUCAGAGUUGGACGUAUGAGUGACCACCACAGUCAAAGGACCAGCAUCGCCGCAUGGAUGUGUUGAGUCCGGGGUGUCGGCUUUGUGCUCUUUUGGUGACAGGCUAGCAUAAAUAAUAGAUGCUAUUUCCUCAUAAUUAUCCUCCACACCUUGGUCACAUGGUCCCAAAGUCCCUGAACAACCCGGGGCUGCACCCCAGGGGGCAGUCAACCUACUGCAGAUGAGAGCAUUUACUCAGUAGCAGUGGGAACGCUCUGCACAACAAUAAUAAAUAAGUUCUCGCCUUACAUUUCACUGUCUGUUAAAGCAGUUUUUUAAAGUUAGAAAAUAUGACAUGCAGUUAACAUUGAGUUCGUUAAAGAGAUGAAAUGUUCAAGAUUGAAAAAGAAAAUGUUUUUCUCAGCUCAUCUCGCUAUUUUCCUUAACUUUAAAUAUUUUUGAAGUCUCAUAUCUGGCUAAUUUCUUUGUCAUGGCUAACCUUUAGCAAUUUUUUUUUUGUUUUUGACUAAAUACUGGACAACCAUUUUACCUUAUGAAUUUCUUUUUACCUUAACAAUAUCAAUUAAUAUAAUUUUCUUUUCUAUAUUGGCGGCUAACCAUCUUGCUGAUUGGUUACAUUUUAAAACACAAAGUGCAGUUCAAAGUCAUUUUUUAACAUUUACUAUUCAUUGACCGUUUAAAGUCAACGAAAACAAGAGAGAAGCUUCUCACGCUCUUGGGCACUUUCUUUUGACAUAAUAGGAUCAGCGACUUUACAGAAAAAAAAACAUCCCCGUGAGUAAUGAAUGGAUCUGUAACUUGUUUGACACGUGUGUUUGUAGGGCAGGUUCGCGCAGUAGCUGGGAAGUGAAAGCUAUUUUAGAACUGUUGUUUUUCAUUACCCAGGCAACAAAAGAUUCUUCUGCUCUGUGGACAAAAGGCCUGUGUUUGAAAGCAAACGAAGAAAAAGGAAAUGUAUUGAAUUUAUCAUUUAUUUUCUCCUUUGUCAAAGUAACUAAAAAUUGAAAAAAAAAGAAGUAAAUAUUAAAACCGCUAUGAUUUUCAGAUGAAAUGUGAACGUGAAGAUGUAAAUACAAUGAUGAACGUGCAUUAGUGGAUUAUUUGAGAAAGUAAUCCUUAAAGUGUUUUAUUUUUUUCCUUCGUUUCUUUGUUCCUUUGUUAUUGUUGUACUGGUUUUAUUUAAAUUUUUUGACAUGCAGAGAAGCCACAACCCCUAUUUUGGACACCAGUGGAAACAAUAGUCGGACAAUUAUGAACGUGCACACACGUGUUCGGACGAAUUAUUCAGAAAUGCUGCGUUCACACUCACUCACAUAAAAAAACCAACCAUCCCAUAAUAAUCCCAUCGUUAUAUUGUGAUCCAUUGUGAUUUCAACACAAGCUGUUAGCCGUUGUUGUAAUGGUUUGUUAAUCGAAAAACAGCCGGUGUUUCUGUACCUCCUCUCGGGGACUCUCCGUCUCCUCUCCGGGUAGAGCAGCCGUGGUCGCGGUGGUGGUGCUUUCACUGACCGGUGCAGCCGAUGCUGGAGACAUGGUGAUGUAAAGCGUGCACAACCCGGUGCAUGGGUGGAUCUGCUGGUGGGAUGGGGGGGUUCCGAGUGAGGCUGAAACAUAACCGAGAAUCCCUGUCUGUAUCAUCCACAGGGUGAAGCGACUACAAGCAGCACCAUCCCGCAGACAACAUCAGCAGCAGCAUCCGCAGCAGCAGCAGCAUCAGCAUCAGUAUCCUCCAGGUGAGCAGACUCAAACUCAAACGGAAAUCCCGUCACUGUGCCAGACUAGACCCGCCGAACAGAGCCAGACUCCUCCCGUGGAGAGAUGAUGGGGUCGGUGAUGAGGACACUGUUGGGUGAAGGGAUGCUGGGGGGUGUGGGGGGGGAGAGAGGUGAGGACCGUCAGGUUGAUCUCUGCUCCCACACUCCGCAGACAAACACACACACACAGACAGCAGUGACGCUGUGGAGCAGCAGGACAAAAGGCGACACGUGUGUGAGGAGCCAACCCCAUCACAACAAUGACGGUAUCUCUCACACACACACACACACACACAAACACGUCUCUCUAUAGGUGUGAAGACAUUAGUUCAUUCUUUAUUAUUGAAUAUUAUUAUUACUCACCGUAAACAACCUGUAUUAUUGUAUAUUAUAUUCACUGCACAUAUAUAUUGCAUUGAUGAACGUUAUUGUUCUACAGGCCGUGGAACCCAAACUGAUAGAGAGAGGGAGAGAGAGAGAGAGAGAGAGCAUAGACGAUAUAUAAUACGCCAUUAUUUAAAAUAACGUUUCAUAUUAACCCUGGUUUAAUGUCGUUAUUGUUGCCAUUAUAUAUAUAAAUAUAAAGAUAUAUAAAUCGUAUAACUUAAACCAAAUUUCCUUAGCCCCUUGCAGUACCUGCGUAGACUCUUUAGGGGUCGUGGAACCAGAGAAAACUAGUAAAAGACACAUGUAAAAACUCUGGAAUAACUAUCAGACGUGCACUGGAAAAUCACUUAAAACCAUCACUACAAUCCUUUGUCUCAGGUCAUUGGCAUUAAUGUCAUGGUCAGUCCUGAGUAAUUUUAUUAUUAUUAUAUUUUAUCCCUAAACAAGUAAAUGUUCUGUUAUAACCAUCUCAAACCUUUGAGGAUUUCUAGUCAUUUCUGGUGUAAUAUUUUUUUCCAGAAAGUGAAAACAUCUGAAAAUCCUCAGACUGAGACUAAUAAUGACUCAGUUCAGUGUUUUUCCUGUUUGAUUUGCAAAGACUGACUGACUGACGGGAAAUCUCACCACAACCACAUUGACCUGAACUGACCUUUGUCUUCAGCUGAACUCACGGGAGCUGUCGAGUGAUCGAAAGAUAAAGCUUCUACGUAGAGAAAUUCUUUUCAUUCCGCUCAUCUGUGCAUGCUUGUUUACCCAAAAAACCCAUUAAUUAUGCAACGGUGGCACGAACGCCAUUGUACAGACAUUGGACUUCAGUGCCUGAAUAUAAUGGAGAGAGUAAACAUAACCUUAGAUGACAUGAAAACAGAUGGUAGGUCUUGGCAGCAGAAAAGUUCUCCCUCCCUUCCUCCCCUUCUUUCUGUCUCUCUCUCUGUGACAACCAGUUUUGUUUUAUGGACAAAAUUUAUGUUGGAUCUCUAAAAGCCGAGAGCGGUUGCUGUGUAAGUGAGCCCUCUAACGGCCAAACCGCAACAAACAUUUCCCCAAAAAUAGAAAAACAAAACAAGGCAUCCGGUAAUGUUGACAGAUUUAAUGACUGGUAUCACUGGUAUCAACACAACAUAGUUUUAAUUUCAGACGCUCGAGUAUUUGAUUUAUAGCAUAGUCUAAUGAUUUUAGCUCAGACUUCAGCUCAAAUACUAGCCUAAUGAUUCUGAAAAGAUAUUUAUAUUUAACCGAAAGUUAUACACAACAGAAGAAAAUUACAAAAUACAAAAAAAAUUGUAUAAGGCGUCAGCAAAAAUCAUUCAAUUUCAACAACAAUAAAGAAGGAAAUUACUCUGGGUCUAAAAAGCCUUCGUAGUCACAAAAAGAAAAUGAAAAAUAAAUAUCCAGAAAUAGCACAUGUUCAUUUUCUACUUGGACUCUUUGGCAACACUGUUUUCCCAGAAAGUUGCUGCAAAGGUCUCUUUAUAUUCAUUUGAUAUUUAUUUACUUUAUAUUCAUGAUAGAUUUUUACCAAAGAAAAGCAAGUUCACGGUUCUGCCUUGUUACAUCCGUUACAUCAAAACGAAUCUAAAAAUGUGUGGCAUCAGGUUCAGAGAAGUCAGAACACAUGAACAACACUUUCAGUCGUUUGAAAAACACUUCCUUCUAGCUGCAAAGACAAAAACAUUUGUCCAAACAUAAGCUAAAAAAUACUUCCUCAUACAUUCACACAGAACAACCAACAAUACAAGCACGUACACACACAUUUUAAUUAUAGCAAGGCUUUGCACCUUCCAGAAUGAAUGUGUGUCUGCUGUGUCUUGUAAAUGUUAUUAGAAUUUAAAAUACUAUCACUAUAUCCGGUGGCAACACUGUGGAGAGGUGGUUAACCCUGUUGCCUCGCACGUCCUCUAACUGUUUUUGGAGUCUUUGCGUCUUCGCUCAUUGUGUGCACUGUUUAUUUUUCCUGUACUGUUUCUGUUUCCUUGUUUAUGAAGGGACUGAGCUGCGUGAACUUUGAGCGAACUGUGAGUUUGAAUAGUUGCAGUUGUAAACAGUCUUUUGGGCGUAAGCCUUUUAAAUACAUAAUUAGUCACUUCUAAAACCAUAACAGUACUUUCAGUGUUUGCCCUGGACUUCAGUUUUUAAAUGUUAAAGGGAAUCACGUCUCUUCCUUGCGCUUAAUUGUAAAUUCCCCGUACAAAAAAAAAAAAAAGAUAGGUACCUGUACCUUGAUAAAUUCACGAACUAACAUUUAUUCAAGUAACGUUCACUGAGCAAACACGUAAAUCAGUUCCUUGCGGUUAACGGCUAUUUCUUGUACUUUAUUUUGAAACCGGAUGUCUACUCUCGGACGUUUUAUUUUGAAAGUCAUCACUUUCCCCUGACGUGUUCCUCGUGUGUAUAUGUUUGCGCGCGUGGCCGCGUCAUGUUGACGUCCACGCGCACUGGGGAUUCCCCCGUGUGUCAAAAACAGCUCAGCCUUUCUCGGGUAAACUCUUCGGCUCCUCGACUCUUCAGCUCCUCAGUUCCUUCGUCGCUCCUCCGCUGCUCCUCCGCCUGGAGCUCACGCUGUUCACGGAUACCCACACGACGCGGUGCCCCCGACUGUUGCCGACCGACUCUGUGAUGAGCUUGAAAAAGAUUAUAGAGAUUU